CUUCCCCAGCCCAAUAGUCUUUUGGAUACCUCAUUCGUACUGGGAACUUGGGAUAGAAAGAAAAGAAGAGAAAAGAAAGAACCAAAAUGUCAGUUGAACCCGGGUUCCUUUCCGCUGCUCGGUAUGGUAAAGAUCUCGUUAGGGUUUGUCGAGUGGUGAGAGAUAAAGACCAACAUCAUGUAGUUGAAUAUACCGUGAGGGUGAUGUUGGAAGGAGAUAUAGAUACAAGUUUUACUGAAGCGGAUAAUACUUGUGUGGUUGCUACGGACACCAUGAAGAACACGGUCUACGUCCUAGCCAAGACCUCUCCUCAUGUACUCAACCCAGCAAUGUUCGCACUUCAUCUAGCGACACAUUUCGUCACGAAAUACAAACAUAUUCAUAAAUCUUUCGUCGACCUCGUAUCCCUACGAUGGAGUCGGAUCCCGGUAGGGGGUGCACCGCAUAAAUGGAGUUUUGUGAGAGAUGGAGAUGAGAAAGAGGUGGUAGAGGUUGCAGUGGAGGACAAGGGUGAGGGCUUGGUGGGGAGUGUGAAAGGUGGAAUUAAGGACUUGUUAGUGCUCAAAUCCGGAGGGUCAGCAUUCACAAACUUUCACAGAGAUGAAUAUACCACUCUUGCUGAAGUCGCCGAUCGACUUUUCUCAACUUCCGUCACACUCUCUUACUCCAUUCCUCUCCCCUCUUCCAUCUCUCUAUCCCUCGACACCCUUUCGGAGAUUGAAAAGACCAUCGAUUUUCCGUCCAUCUCACAGAGGGCGAGGAAAGAUACCCUAGAGGUGUUCGCGACGGACGAGUCGGCCAGCGUUCAAGCUACUUUGUACAAUACACUGCAGAAGAUUUUGAAAUCGUGUGAGGAGAUCAAAGAAGCAAGUAUGGCCCUUCCCAACAAACAUUACAUUCCUGUGAAUUUGAGUCCGUUUGGUUUGGAUAAUGGAUUGGGGUAUGAAGGAGGUGCAGAGGUGUUCCACCCUGUCGCUGAUCCCUCUGGUCUGAUCACUGCCACUGUGACACGCAAGUGAGACGGUGGGUGAGUUGGGGUCAAACAUCUGUGAACUCUUUCGAAGCAUCAUCAGGUCGAAGGUCAGUCUCCUGUCACAUCUGCUAUGCAUAUUUUGUAUGGUUG